AUGCAACAGACAAAACGACAUGACAACGAAAUGGUUCAAAUUUCAGAUAGUCAUAAAAAACGAAAAUUAGAAAAUCAAAUACCAACAAUGAAUUCAAAUAAAUAUUGUCUUGAAGAUUUAACUAAUGAAAUUCUCUAUGAAAUAUUUGAAUAUGUUAAUGUAUAUGAUAUUUACAAAGGAUUUUACAAUCUUAAUAAACGAUUUCAAGAUUUAGCUAUUCAUGCAAAUGUUUUGACUAAAAUCAAUUUUUCAACAAUGUCAAAAUCAAAUUUCAAAGAUUAUUAUCGAAAUAUUCUUAUGCCGAAUCGAAAUCGAAUUAAUUUUCUUCGUUUAUCAAAUCCAUUUAUUGCUGAAAUCAUUUUCUCACGUCCACGAUUAGUUUUCAAUUUCAUUCAUCUUGAAACAUUAGUUCUUGAAAAUAUACAAAUCAAGUAUCUUUAUAAAAUUUUAGAUAAUUUAGUACAUCUACAACCAUUAUUUACUGCACUUAUUGAAGAUGAUUAUAGUCCAAUGCAAUCGUUGAUAAUCAAUGGUCGUUUUCCAUUUGAUUCGUUUGGUCAUUUACUAUAUUGUCUUCCUAAACUUCAACAUUUAUCAAUUGAUUGUCUUGUUCAACAACGUUUUGAUACAGAAGAAGAAGAAUUAUCUCUUAUUCAAUUAAAAUAUUUGAAAUAUGUUUCUCUUCAUAUUGAUCAUAUUGAGUUCACAAAGUUUAAAAAAAUUAUUAGAAAAGUUUUUCAUUAUGUUCAAACUUUACGUCUUACAACAUAUCAUGAUGCAGCAUAUUUAAAUGCUAAACAUUGGCAAAAAUUAAUAGUAACAUAUAUGCCAUAUUUACGUAUCUUUGAUAUAAAUCAUGAAGGUUCUGUAAAAACCAAUACUUUAACAUAUCAUGAUAUUAUUAAUGAAUUUAAUUCUUCGUUUUGGAUUAAAAAUAGAUGGCGAAAAGAUUAUAUAUAUUAUUGGGAAUCAAAUGAAUCAAUUUGUUCACAAAUACAAAAAGAAAAUUAUGAUUCAGUUAAACAUCUUUAUAUUUGUAGUGAAGAAAUAAAGGAUAAUUAUCUCAAUUAUUUUCCAAAUGUUAAUCAAUUAACUAUUAAACAUCGUUUUGAAACAUCGGAUGAUUCAAUUCCGACAACUCUUCAUUGUAUGAUUCCUUUAAAACAACUUACAAAGUUAGUUAUUGAAUGUUAUAAGUUUUCAUUCAUUGAAAUUUUUCAAUUGUUAUAUUUGACACCGAAUUUAUAUGCAUUAAAAUUGGAUCAUUUAUUUUUCAGUGACAUUAAUUUAAAUGUAAUUAAAGAAAAUGAAGUUUUUCAAUAUGUAUCAAAUACAAAUAAAAUAAAAAUUGUCGAUUUUGGUGUUUGGUGUUCAUUGAAUGAAAUUCAAUUGAUUGUGAAUUUAUUUUCACAAUUAGAAUAUCUUAAAAUUGGAAUGAAUAAAAAAGAAAUACAAUCAAUAGUUCGAUUUUUAUUAUUAAAAACUAAUGAUAAAACACAACAUUUAUUCUUUUUAUGUAUUUUACGAAUACCAAAAAUAUGUUUAAAAAAAUUAAAUGUUUUAACCAGAUCAGAAAAUUUACUUCAUGAUUAUUGCAGUAAAUUUAUUAAUUGUGAUUUGUGUUUAUGGUGGUAA